CGCUUCCCUUUUCUUCUCUGAAUCGCCCCAUCAACCCAUCCGCCCAGACCGCUGAGCGCGAGCGUUAAUACCAAUAUCAGCACACGGAUCCUCUUUCAUAGAUCUCUGGCUUCAGGGAGAGACCGCUGGUUUCCCAUCUAUAAGUAGCCUCGAAAUUCGAAAACCUGCCCUCAGCCCUGGAUUUCCGUCAAUCCGUUCUCUUCGUCAACAGGGUAGCUCGCUCAGGUCACCGAUUCUUAAGUCACAGAAAGAACAACACAGCCCGUGCGGCCUUGGUGCCUGAAACGGUGAUGGAAGAGUAUCUCAAGUGCUAUUAAGCCUUUUUUAAUCCAAUGCAUUGGAGUUUCCUCCCCUUGAGUUGCUGUUACAGUCCAUCUCCUUCGGACCCUCCGGAGAUUCGAGAAAGUAUCAACUGUGUAUCUCUGCUUCUCAUUCCCUUCUUCUGUUUCUCUCCCUUUGACAUUUCUGUUAUCCAGAGAUCUUGAGCUAUCUCUUCUUCUGCUUCCCCUUGUGCAACUGUUCUCCCUCCCUCCUCUCUGAGCUCUUGCUGUAUCUGCGUGCUUGCUGUAAAUGGCCAAUGCAUCUGGCUUCAUUUCUUCUCCUAUUCCAAGUCUUAGACGGAAAAGUCUGCCUUCUUUCGGCGUUUCUCGAUCUGGGUUCUGCCCAUUUGAGAGGAUUAUUAUAAGGGUACUUAGCUGUAGCGCUGUUGAAGGCGUAGAGAAGCAUGCUUCUGCGGUUUCCCCUUCUGAAUCUCGAGUGCCAAGAUUUGUAAAUAAAGGUUGCAAGCUGGUUGGAUGUGGAUCUGCAACACCAAACCUUAUGAUUUCCAAUGAUGAUCUUGCAAAAAUUGUCGAAACUUCUGAUGAAUGGAUAUCUGUUCGAACUGGCAUUCGUAAUCGACGAGUUCUUUCAGGGAAAGAUAGAUUGACAGGGUUGGCCGUGGAGGCAGCAAAGAAAGCUCUUCAGAUGGCUGAAGUUGAUCCUGACGAUGUGGACCUAGUUUUGAUGUGCACAUCUACUCCGGAUGAUCUUUUUGGCAGUGCACCUCAGAUCCAGAAAGCACUAGGUUGUAAAAGAAAUCCUUUGGCCUAUGACAUUACAGCUGCAUGUAGUGGGUUUGUAUUGGGUCUUGUGUCAGCUGCUUGUCAUAUCAGAGGAGGUGGGUUUCAAAAUGUUCUAGUAAUUGGUGCUGAUGCUCUUUCUCGAUAUGUUGAUUGGACGGAUAGAGGAACUUGUAUUCUCUUUGGGGAUGCUGCAGGUGCCGUAUUAGUACAGGCAUGUGAUGGCAGUGAGGAUGGCUUAUUUAGUUUCGACUUACAUAGUGAUGGGGAGGGCCGAAAGUACUUAAAUGCUAUGGCGAGGGAUGAUGAAACUGAUCAUGUGCUGGGCUCCAAUGGUUCAGUGGUGGACUUCCCUCCUAGACGGUCAUCUUACUCCUGUAUCCAGAUGAAUGGCAAAGAGGUAUUCCGUUUUGCUGUUCGGUGUGUGCCACAGUCAAUUGAGUCUGCCCUGGAAAAAGCUGGUCUCACGGGGUCUGACAUUGAUUGGUUAUUGCUUCAUCAGGCAAAUCAAAGGAUCAUUGAUGCUGUUGCAACACGUUUAGCAGUCCCACCAGACCGGGUUAUUUCAAAUUUGGCUAAUUAUGGCAAUACUAGUGCUGCAUCAAUACCCCUGGCAUUGGACGAAGCUGUUCGAAGUGGUAUGGUGCGGUCCGGUCAUACAAUAGUGGCUGCAGGUUUCGGAGCUGGCCUUACUUGGGGUUCUGUGAUUGUGAGAUGGGGAUAAGUCUUGCUGAGGCACAUGGUAAGUGCAGGUGAAAGGCUAAUUAGAAGAGAAAGAUUGUAAACGGCAGUUGUUGAAUUCCCAAGAAAUUGAUAUGUAUUUGCAAGAGAUGGUGAUAGCACCGUCUCUGUCUCUCCUCUGUUCUUUUGGAUUUUGUAACUUUUUUGGCUUUGGCCAUCUCAAUAAUUCAAGUCUUUCUCCCAUCGCUGAGGCCUUUGACUUUA